AUGUUGUAUAUCUACGUCUUGCACAAAAAUAGUACCAGGGAGAGCCGUGACCACUUUGGAAGCAUUUCAGUUAGUAGCUUUUGCCUUGUAUAUGUGUGUGCAUCAUUGAAGGAAACUCCCACAGCCAAAGUCAAGUAUUGUACUGCGUGUAAUCCUGCGAAGUCUACCCACAACAACUUACUUUCCAGUCAUUUCUAUACAUGACAGUCUUGCUACAGGAUGCAGAGGCAGGCGCAUGGAGAUGGAUAGGAUUUAGAUCUGGGCUCUGUAUGCUUGGAGCACGCACAAGACAUCGUCAUGCUAAAGACGUGCAAUAAGGUUUAUGUCGGAAGGAGCUGUUGUUUUCUAC